AUGAUUAUUAAAGGAAAUAUUUGGCUUUUCUGGAGUGCUUCUAUAGCUGAACCAAAGGUGAUUUCAAUAACUAGACAGGUGAUUACUGUGAAUGUUGGUGGUGUUCUAGUUUCUGGAAUUCAUGCAGCUUCACUUUCAGUUGAUAGAAGAAAAUUAUGGAAUGAAUUAAUGGUAAUAAAUUCCAUGGAUUUACCUUGGAUGUUAAUUGGGGAUUUUAACACAGUUUUAAGUGCAGAUGAAAAAAUAGGGGGAAGAUCUCCUUUAAGAGCAUCUAUGCAAGAUUUCCAUGAAGUGAUCAAUUUUUAUAGUUUAUCUCAAGCUCCAAGUUCGGGUCUACAAUUUACAUGGAGUAAUAACAGAGAAGGUGUAAAAAGAAUUGUUUGUACUUUGGAUAGGGCUCUAUAUAAUGUCAAGUGGAUUGAGAAAUAUCCUACUUGGUGUUACAAAGUUGUAAUAAGAAAUAUAUCUGAUCAUAGUCCACUUUUGGGGUCUUGUGUAAUGAUGCCUAAACCUAAAAAUAUCCCUUUUAGAGUUCUAAAGAUUUGGAUGGAGCAUGAAGAUUUCAAAAGACUAAUCAAUGAAGUUUGGAAUGAAGAUUUGCAAGGUAAUCCUAUUUUUGUUUUUAUGAAAAAAAUGAAGAAUAUGAAAGUAAGAAUUAAGGAAUGGAAUUGGAGUGUCUUUGGGGAUGUUAGAAUCAAAUUGGCAGAUGCUGAAAAAGAAGUUUUGAAUGCUACAAUUCUUUCAGACCAAGACCCAAGUAAUAUUUCACUUUUAAACAAUCUGGUGGUGGCCAGAGGAAAACAAGAUAUAUUAACUAGGCAACAUCAUUCAAUAUUACAACAGAAGGCAAGAGUGAGUUGGUUAAAAGAAGGUGCAGCUAAUACUAGAUUCUUUCAUACUUCAAUCAAGAUUAGAAAUGCUGCAAAUACUAUAACUGAACUUGAAGAUGAAGAUGGAUCCAUCAUAAAUGAUCAGUUUUUGAUUGCAAAAUCUCUUGAGAAUCAUUUUAAGGAGAAAUUCAAAUUCAAGCAAGUUAACUUCAUGGAAGGAAUUUUUGAUACAAUCCCAGAGGUUAUAAAUGCAGAAGACAACAUGAUGUUAGAGAGCAUUCCUUCAGGCCAGGAAAUCAAAGAUGCAAUUUUUUCUCUAAAUGCUGAUAGUGCUCCUGGGCCUGAUGGCUUUCCAGCUAGAGUUUAUGUCUUAGUGAAUGGAGGUCCAGUUGGUUUUUUUGAAGUGAGUAGAGGGUUGAGACAAGGUGAUCCAUUAUCACCAAUUUUGUUUGUAUUAGCUGAGGAUGUUUUGAGCAGGAGUUUAAGCAAAAUGGUUGAGGAAAAUAGGAUUGCUCCAAUGGUUAAUUACAAAGGAGUACAACCUACCCAUAUUCUAUUUGCAUAUGAUGUCUUUCUUUUCUUCAAUGGGCAUAAAAGGAAUAUACAAAAGGUGAUGAAAUUAUUAAGUGAUUAUCAAUCAUCCUCAGGCCAAGUCAUAAAUCAAAUGAAGAGCAAGAUUUUUUUAGGAGGAGUAACUGAAUCCAGGAAGUACCAAAUUUCUAAUGAGCUUCAAAUGAAUCUUUCUUCAUUCCCAGACAAGUAUUUGGGAGUAAACUUGAAACCAGGAGCUGUGAGGUCAAGUACAGUUUGGUGUGUGGUGGAAAUGAUACAAAACAAACUAACUGGUUGGAUUGGGAAGAUGUUAUCUUUCAAGGACAGACUAACCCUUAUCAAAUCAAUUUUGUGCAGCAUUCCCAUUUAUAACAUGUCAGUCUAUAAGUGGCCUACAAGUGUAGUGAAAACUUGUGAGAAACUUAUAAGAAACUUUCUAUGGACAGGGGAUCCAUAUGAGAGAAAAUGCAUAACUUUAAAGUGGAAUGAAACAUGUUCACCAAUGGAGGAGGGUGGUUUUGGCAUAAGGAGAACGAAAGUAAUAAACAAGGCUUUACUGAUGAAAUUAGUAUGGAAGAUACAAAAUUCUGAAUUUGAAUGGGCAAGAUUUAUGAGAGCAAAGUAUAUAAAGGCAUAUGGUGAAUGGAUUUCAGGUUAUAAAAAGUCUUCAGUAUGGCCAGGUUUGAAAUGGGUACUAGAUGAGGUAAAGUUCCAUACUAGAUGGAUCACUGGUUCAGGUGAGCAAAUAUCAGUAUGGAGUGAUGCUUGGAUAAAAGAUAAACCACUUAAUGAGAUAUAUGAAGAGGAUGAAUAUAUGAUGCAGAACAAAAACAUGAAAGUUGCAGAGUUGAUUGUUGCUGGUGAGUGGCUGAUUCCUUCUAGAAUGCUUCAAUAUUUUCAAGUAGAAGAAUUACCUGUUUUAUCAAAAACAAAAGAUACUAGGGUUUGGACUGGAACUAUGUCAGGUGAAUUCACAGUACACUCAGCUGUUGAAUGUAUUAGAGAGCAUUAUCAAAAAGUGACAUGUGCAAGACAUGUUUGGCAUCCUACCCUUCAUCCAACAACAACAAGCAAUGUAUGGAAGAUAGUGAGGGGUAUCUUCUCAACUGAUGAAAAAAGAAAAAGCAAGGGUUACAGUUUAACAUCAAAGUGCUAUAUGUGUGGUGUUGAUUCUGAUAAUCUUGAACAUAUAUUAUGGUUUUGUAAUUUCAGUCAGAUAAUAUGGAAAUGUCUAGGUGGUAUCUUCUUGUUCUGCAACCCUGAAUCAUAUGAAGAUGUUAUGAACUUUGCAAAGAAUAAAAGUGGAGUUGUAAAGGAUAUAUGGUUACUGGUUGCUUCCAUUACAAUGAUGGAGAUAUGGUUCUUAAGGAAUAGAAUUUGCUUUGAAGAAGAGAAAGUAAACUUGGGUAAUUUCAAGAGAAGAAUAAAACAGUAUACAAAAGACUGUGCAGUGAGAAUAAAAAGAUAUAUGUGGGAAUGUAGCUAUGAUUACAUGGUCUUUAAGAAUUUUGAUCUUAAACAUCAACCAAUAAAGCCUCAAAUAAUUAUUGAAGUGAGUUUCUUCUUACCUGCAAGAGAUCAGAUACUUAUAUGUUGUGAUGGGUCAUCUAGGGGCAAUCCAGGUGAAGCAGGAUAUGGUUUUGUGUGCAGAGAUGAAAUGGGAGGUUGUAUAUAUGCUGAAGCUACUGGCCUGGGAAUUGCAACUAAUUAUAUUGCAGAACUAAUGGCUAUUACAGGUGCAGCUGAAUGA